AGGUAAACACAAUCAGUCGAAGUCUAAGAAGGUUGCUGAGAAAUGGUCCUAAUUCGGAGUGGAUUUUAAAAGAAAUGUAGUAGUCAUCAUUUUUUUACUACCAAAUUCAACGAGGUCAGCCAGCAAGUUCACUAUAAAUAGCACAACAUUUGCUCACUUGAUGCACUACCACUUUUUCCUUCUUUCUUUCUUUGCUCUUCUGCUUUCUUCUGUUAUUAUCAAUGGCGUUUUCUCAAUUGUUUGUUUUGUCCCUAUUUGCAAGUUUUCUUCUCAUGCAAACUCCGGGGGAUGCAGCAACAUGCAGUGACUGUUUCACUCGUUCUCGAGCAGCUUACUACCCGAAUUCUGAUGAAAAGGGAACAGAAACUGGGAGAUGUGGUUUUGGAACAUUUGGAGCAACAAUAAAUGGUGGGGAUGUAGCAGCUGCAUCUGAUCUCUAUCGUGAUGGCGUAGGCUGUGGUGCUUGCUACCAGGUAAGGUGCACCAACAGUAAUUAUUGCUCAGACAAAGGCACGACUGUGGUCGUCACUGACCAUGGUUCAAGCGAUCAAACUGAUUUCAUCAUGAGCAGGCGGGCAUUUAGUCGGAUAGCUCAGACUACAGAUGCAGCUGCAUCUCUACUAGCCCUUGGCGUGGUUGACAUUGAAUAUCGACGUGUCCCAUGCAGCUAUCCAGGUAAAAAUAUAACUAUCAAGAUUGAUGAGAACAGCAACUACCCUCAUUACCUGGCUUUUAUCAUAUGGCAUCAACAAGGCAAAAAGGAUAUCACUGCCGUGCAGCUCUGCGAGACACAAAAUUUUGUGUGCAAGCUACUCGAUAGGAGCUACGGAGCAGUAUGGACAACUAAUUCACCCCCUAGGGGACCCCUCUCGAUAAGGAUGCUAUUUAGCAAUGAUGAGGAGGAGACGUGGCUAAUUCCAGUUAAUAACAUACCAGAAGAUUGGAAACCUGGAAAUACAUAUGACUCAGGAGUACAAGUGAACUUGUAGCCAAAUGAAUGGGUCUCUAAUAUUCGAUGACUACAGAUUCAUACCCCUGGAAUAAACAUCCAUGACUUUGCAGUUUUCAUAUGUUCUAUUUUCAUUUUCAUUUUCAUUUCAAAGUAGAAUAAGCAUAGAGAAGUUCUUAAUUGUAGACAUUGUAUUGUAUUGUAUUAUUGAAUAAUAAUCUCAAAAACUAGAUAAUGAAUGUAUGGAAUUCAUUGUUAACUACAGCAGUCAUUCCAGACAGUACAAAA